AUGGCGGAGUUUGUAAGGUCUGCUGAAGAUGGUACUUAUUCUCAAAAAGGCUGGCCAUCGAAUGCUUACGGGAUAUCUAAAGUGGGCCUUACAAAGGCUUCAUUUAUUUUCGGAGAAAUGCUGAAAAAUGAUCCAAGGGGGAUUGUGGUAAAUUCGUGUUGUCCUGGUUACGUUAACACUGAUAUGACUGACCAUAAAGGAUUGAAGACAACCGAUGAAGGUGCUGAUACACCAUUUUAUUUGGCCACAUUACCAAUUGGCUCAAAAGAACCAGUCAAUCAAUUUGUGUACGAAAGGAAGGUGGUUAAUUGGUGCAAAUGA